GUCCAGAAACAUCUAUUCUCGCCUUCUUCCCUAGGGUUUCUAUCUUUGUUACCACUUAUCGGUAAUGGCAACGGUUGUAUCAGCACCGGCGGCGUCGCAGUCGCGCUCCUCCAAGACCGAAUCCUACGUGGACAACAAGAGGAAGGAGGAUAUUCGUCAGGCUAACAUAAAUGCAGCUCGCGCCGUUGCGGACGCCGUCCGUACAAGCCUCGGGCCGAAAGGUAUGGACAAGAUGAUCUCGACCGCAAGCGGGGAGGUCAUCAUCACCAACGACGGAGCUACCAUCCUCAACAAGAUGGAGGUCCUCCAGCCGGCUGCCAAAAUGCUCGUCGACCUAUCCAAGUCACAGGAUGCUGCCGCUGGAGACGGUACUACUACUGUUGUCGUCAUCGCCGGCGCCCUUCUUAAACAGUGCGCCUCUCUCCUAACUCACGGUAUCCACCCGACCGUCAUCUCGGAUUCUCUCCAUAAGGCCUCUGUUAAAGCUGUUGAUGUCCUCACUGCCAUGGCCGUUCCAGUGGAGCUAUCUGACCACGAUUCUUUGAUAAAAUCUGCCAGUACUUCAUUGAACAGCAAGGUGGUCAGUCAGUACUCGACCCUGCUAGCUCCUCUUGCUGUGGACGCUGUUCUCUCUGUGGUGGAUCCGGUAAAGCCUGAUUUGGUAGAUUUGAGGGAUAUCAAGAUUGUGAAGAAGCUUGGAGGCACCGUGGACGACACAGAGAUGGUUAAGGGUUUAGUUUUCGACAAGAAGGUGAGUCAUGCGGCUGGGGGACCAACCAGAAUGGAAAACGCUAAAAUUGCUGUUAUUCAGUUUCAGAUUUCACCACCAAAGACUGAUAUUGAGCAGAGUAUAGUGGUUUCAGACUAUACUCAGAUGGAUAGGAUACUGAAGGAGGAGAGAAAUUACAUUUUGGGGAUGAUUAAGAAGAUUAAGGCCACAGGUUGUAAUGUGUUGCUGAUUCAGAAGAGUAUCUUGAGGGAUGCUGUGACGGAUUUAUCUCUGCAUUACAUAGCCAAGGCUAAGAUUUUGGUAAUUAAGGAUGUAGAGCGUGAUGAGAUUGAGUUCAUUACCAAGACAUUGAACUGUUUGCCCAUUGCAAAUAUUGAGCAUUUCCGGGCAGAGAAGUUGGGGUAUGCUGACCUUGUGGAGGAGGUUUCUCUGGGAGAUGGGAAAAUUGUGAAGAUUACUGGGAUAAAAGAUAUGGGAAGGACUACAACAGUGCUUGUUCGUGGUUCAAAUCAGUUGGUUAUAGAUGAAGCUGAGCGAAGUUUGCACGAUGCUUUGUGUGUGGUUAGGUGUUUGGUCAAUAAAAGGUUUCUGAUUGCAGGUGGUGGUGCACCAGAAAUUGAGCUGUCAAGGCAGCUGGGUGCAUGGGCUAAGGUGUUGCAUGGGAUGGAGGGCUACUGUGUCAGGUCUUUUGCUGAGUCUCUUGAGGUUAUUCCCUAUACUCUAGCUGAGAAUGCAGGGUUGAACCCUAUAGCAAUUGUCACAGAGCUGAGGAAUCGGCACGCACAAGGAGAGAUUAAUGCUGGGAUCAAUGUGAGGAAGGGACAGAUUACAAAUAUUUUGGAGGAGAAUGUGGUUCAGCCACUGCUUGUGAGCACAAGUGCUAUUACUUUGGCAACUGAAUGCGUGCGGAUGAUUUUGAAGAUUGAUGAUAUUGUUACCGUGAGGUAGUUUUGUUUUAUGAGGAUUAAUGUUCUUCCCUAGGCCCUAGUUCUCUUUGUUUGCGUCUGCUGUUUGAACUAUUGGUUUUGUUGCCUUUAGGAUUCACUAUUUUGAAGAACUUUGAAUAUUGAAAUAGUUUUAUAAUGCUAAACAUUUGCUUUGCACUUGGACAUGUUAUCUUCUAUGGUGGCUCUUUUGGUUGUGAAGCCAAAUCAGGUUUCCAUGGGCACAUUUGUUGAGUUCCGCUUCACUUAUUUAGGACUUCUUUUUAGUUGAAAAUUACAUCAGUAGGUUUUUCGUAUCUAUAUGGAUGCAAUUUACAGUUUGCAUUCAUUAAAACCACACCUUGAUAAUAAAUUCAUACAUGACUAACUUCUUUUGUCAACAUGUUGGCCUUCCAGAAGUUUAGAUGAAUUUUUAGAUAUUUCAAAUGCAUAAAUGAAAAAGAACUAGAAAACUUAAUGUUGCUUUAACAGAUAUAGGCACAACAUGUUGACACCUUUUAAGCAUAGAUAAGCUUAUAUCAGGAUGCAAUUGACUAGUUUU